AUGCCUUCGAGAUGGCAGCGUCUUCACUUGUCCCAGCAGGGGUUGCCUCCCUUACUCUUCCAGUAUACCUGGACCCGACAAGCCUAUGAGAUCCACCUAACGGACCUCACCUAUAUCUGGUCAGAGCGGCUGCCCCAUAAAGCUAUCACCAGGAGAGCAGAGGAAGAUGCCACAACGAUCGAUCCUGGAGAAGACCUAGAACAGCUCAAUGUGCUCCUGGAGAAAAUUGGAGAAGCUUUACAAAAGGGCAAUGAAAGCGCAAUCCUAAGCAGUGGAACGCAAACCGACUCGCUUGAAAUCACGACAACAACCAAGCUUCCUUCCCCAUUGAGGCCUCUUCAGUGGUCUUUGAGGUUAUCGAAGGAGCCCCUGUCAUCCUUGACUACUAAUCUAUUGAUUCCGCUGCUGAGGGAGGAAGCGGAGUGGGAGUCCCGCCAACAUCUGCUCUUGAAUCAAAUCAAGCAGAAAGACUACGUACUUAGCAAGUUGUUUGACAAAAUUGAAACACUUGGUGUGGACCUAGGAUCUGUGUUUCCUAGCGCCGCAGGAUCGCGUGCGUCUCGCAAAGCUAUUACGCGGUCUGAGGCUGCUAAAUUUGUUAAGGGUAUUGCGCAGUUUGAUGAACAGACCUGGCUUGCUGAGACAGGAGUAUCACAUGGGGCGGGAUUGGCCACCAAUUUACUGCAGGAAAUCUCGGAAUCCGGUGAUUCUCGUAAUUUGGAUACCUUCACCCUGUCACAAGCUGAAUGGUGGCAUCAACUUGAGAGGCGCUCUGGAACUAGCGCGAGAGAAUCCCCUCCCAUUGAAGAGAAAAGUCCCAAGGACAAAGACAGAGAAGAGCUGAUUGAGACCAAGCACAUCGAUGAAGGAGGGGACUCAACGGCAAGCAGUGAUGUCGAUGAGUUUCAGCGACAAGAAACCCCUCCCAGACUAAAACCUCAACAUGAAAAAGGCAAAAUAUCGCCACCAAAGCAAAAACCCAGAAAGGAAAGUCCUGUUCCACCAGUAAUGCCUUCAGAGGAAGACGAAGCCACAGCAUCAGACUCCGACUCCGAGCCUGAACCGGCACAGCGUCAAAAACGCAUUCCCAGCGUUUCAAGGUCACCAGAGCUCUCUGCGCCGCAGCCAAAAGCUCGAGAGGCACCGAAAGUAACAAAGGGUGGACUGGGUAGUAUUGGCGGCAGGAACAAAAAAGAAACAGAACGUCAGCCCUCUCCACCCCCUUCUCCUCCGGCACAAGCCCGAGAGGUGCCGAAAGUAACAAAGGGUGGAUUGGGUAAAAUUGGCGGCAAAAACAAGAAAGAGGCGGACCGCCGGCCCUCGCCAUCUCCCUCUCCAGCCCCUUCUCCUCCGGCGCCAGUUCGAGAGGCACCAAAAAGGCCAAAGGGCGGAUUGGGCAUGAUAGGCGGCAAGAAAAAGCAAGCAAAAGAGCCCUCUCCUUCUCCAUCCCCUUCCCCUCCAGCACAACCCCGUGAGUCUCCAGAACCCCAGGGACCUUCACAGUCACCAGAAGAGGAAGAAAGGAUCGACAAAGAUCAUCGUCCCACAUCGUCGACACAGCCACCAGCAGCCAGGGCUAAACGUACCGGGAAACUUGGCAUGAUAGGUGGCAAAGCUAAAGCCAAAGUCUCCGAACCAGCUCGAGACAAGUCUCCGCUACCUACAUCUGACACGGUGGUCAGGUCACCUGAGAAAACCACACCUGCUAAACCGAAGGUUGACAGACAAGCUUUUAAAAAGGAGGAGUCUCCAUUGCCCACACCAGCAGCGAAGAAGGUCCCUUCUGCUCCACUUGCAGAGCCGGAGACUGAAGAUCAGCGGGCUGACCGGAAGCGCGAGGAACUGAAGAGGUCGCUUGAGGCUAAGGGAAAAGCUCCUGCAAAGAAGAAGCGGAGGUUCUAG